ACAAAACCUUUUAAGAAAAGAAACAAAAAACAACUUUUCUUCAAACAAUAAGUCAUCAACGAUGCCGGCUCUAAAAGUGUUAUCGGCGUUAGAUGUGGCGAGGAUACAGUGGUACCAUUUCAAGGCCAUAAUCGUCGCCGGAAUGGGUCUCUUCACCGACGCUUACGAUCUCUUCUGUAUAGCUCCGAUCAUGAAAAUGAUCGGCCAUAUCUAUUACCACAAAGACUCCAUUGGAACCGCUGUUCUCUCCACUUCUUACGCCAUCGCUCUCCUCGGCACCGCCUUAGGUCAGCUCAUCUUCGGCUACUUAGGUGACAGAGUCGGACGGCGAAGAGUCUACGGUCUCUGUCUCAUGAUCAUGGUCUUAAGCUCCUUCGGCUGCGGUUUCUCUGUCUGCACGACUCGCCGUUCUUGCGUCAUAGCGAGUCUUGGAUUCUUUAGAUUCGUCCUAGGGCUAGGGAUCGGUGGAGACUACCCUCUCUCCGCCACGAUCAUGUCGGAGUUCGCUAAUAAACGGACGCGUGGGGCUUUUAUCGCCGCCGUGUUCUCCAUGCAGGGGCUAGGGAUCUUGAUGAGCUCAGCCGUUACGAUGGCUGUGUGUGAGGCGUUUAAGAACGCCGGAGAAGGGAGUUUGGAGAAAAUGAGAGCGGCAGGGAUGGAGACUUUGGCUCCGCCGGAAGCGGAUAUUGCUUGGAGGUUGAUUCUGAUGAUCGGUGCUCUUCCCGCCGCUUUAACGUUUUACUGGCGAAUGCUUAUGCCUGAAACCGCCAGAUACACAGCAUUAGUUGAGAACAAUGCAAUUCAAGCAGCAAGAGAUAUGCAAAAAGUCAUGUCCGAAUCCAUAUUAUCUCAAAUAGCCGAAGAUACAUCAUCAGAGCCGCCACAACAACCACCGUCUUCUUCCCCCUACAAACUCUUCUCUCGCCGCUUCUUCAGACUCCACGGCCGUGACCUCUUCGCAGCUUCGGCCAACUGGUUCCUAGUCGACGUGGUCUUCUACACAAGCAACCUCCUCCUCUCUCAAAUAUUCACCUUCUCCAACAAACCUCUCAAUUCCACAAACGUCUACGACUCUGCCUUCGAGGUGGCUAAGGUCGCAGCCAUCGUAGCCGCGUGCUCAACCAUCCCCGGUUACUGGUUCACGGUUUACUUCAUCGAUAGAGUUGGUCGAGUCAAGAUUCAGAUAAUGGGAUUUUUCCUCAUGGCCGUUGUUUACUUAGCCGCUGGCAUCCCCUACAGUUGGUAUUGGUCUAAGCAUGAGAAGACUAAUAAAGGCUUUAUGGUUCUCUACGGAUUAAUCUUCUUCUUUAGCAACUUUGGACCUAAUACGACGACGUUUAUAAUCCCAGCGGAGCUUUUUCCGACAAGGUUUAGGUCAACGUGUCAUGGGAUUUCAGGAGCUGCCGGGAAGCUUGGAGCGAUAGUUGGGACUGUUGGUUUCUUGUGGGCCACGAAACACGAUGAAAAGGAGAAAGAGGACGUUUUUCCAGACGUGAAACGCGUGAGGAUCGCGUUUUUGAUCCUUGGCGGCGUUUGUAUCGCUGGGGUGUGUAAGGAAUGUGUUUUCAAUAUAUCCUUUACAUGAGAAGGAAGAGAUAUAUAUACUAGAGCACAUG